AAAAAAUUUAAUUCAUUUCUUUGUUUAUUCAUAGUCUAUGACUUUUAUUUAUCAACCAAUUAAUUCCAUUCGAAAUAUUUUAUUAUAUAGACUUUCUCGAUCACUUGUAGAACUUGAUCAAAAUGAUGAUAUACCGAUUUUAAUAUGCAUUGAUGAAAUUCAAACAGGUGCUAUUAUAUAUCUUCUUACAAAUUUAAUGGAACAAUUAAAUAUUGAUAAUACAGUUGAUAUAUUUCAUCAAGCAAGGAAAAUUGCUUAUUCUUGUCCUGCAUUUCGAACAGAAGGUGACUUCAGAGAUAUGUAUGAAUGGAUUAAAAUUUGGACAGACAACGAUCUGAAAAGUCAAGCGAACUGA